AGUGCAUGUUUCCGCGGUGUGUUUCAACAUUGCAGGCAGGGAGCCUUGACAAAACCAUAGAAGUGUUGGCAGUUUCUCACAAGGAGGUUGUUGAAUUUGACAGCUCUUGGAGAGGAGGGAAGCCACUGCCUGAGGAGAGAAGACUCUGGGUCAGAGGCAGCUGCAGCCACCUCCAACACGAAGGAUUUGCCUUGGUUUUUUGAUGCCUGCCUGGAAUACACUCCAACCUGUUGCUGCAGAACCACCUCAUUACAACCACUCCUGAGGCUGAGGAGCUAAUACUACCUCUACCCUUGUUACAUCCAGUGCAAAAUAUGUCUUCUUUUGGGAAUACAACACAGGCCACUUUUACCACAACUCCUGACCACUGCAACAUAACCAACCCGGUUACAUAUAAAAUCCUCUCAUGGCUGAUGAUUGGAGAGUUCUCGCUGGGUCUGCCUCUCAACUUGUCUGUCCUCUACAUCUUCCUCUUCAGGUUCAAGUUCUGGAAGACUAACAGCAUCUUCCUCUUCAACAUUGUGGUGGCUGAUUUCCUGCUGGUCGCCUGUCUUCCAUUCAAGGCCUACCACUACCAGGUUGGCAAGAGGCGCAGCGAGAACAAGCUGGUGUGUAAGACCAUGCUCUUCAUGCUGUUCCUCAACCGAGGAGCCAGCAUCGCCUUCCUCACCACCCUGUCCAUUGAUCGCUACUUCAACGUGGUCCACCUCGGGAGGAGGAACUUCGUCAAGAUCCUGAAGAAAUCUCCUCAGGUUUCCGUCGUCAUCUGGCUCUUGCUUCUGCCCCUCACCAUCCCCACCAUGGUCAAGACCUUCGAGUGCUGUAACAGCCACGGCCGUGUGGUCGAGACCUAUUUCCACGAUGUGACCGACACUUUCAGAGAAGUAGUCUUCUUCACACAGAUCAUCAUCCCCUUCAUCAUCUUAGUCUACUGUACGGUGCGCGUUGUCAACCGGCUGAAGAAGAAAACGGUCGGGGAUAAGACUAAACUGAGGAGAGCGGUCUUCCUGGUCACUUCGGUUGUGCUUGUCUUCUCGCUGUGUUUCCUGCCCUGCACUAUAGCCAGAGCCGUGCUGCUGGCCGUCCGGCUCAAGGAGUGGCAGGUGACGGAGGACACAGUGGUCCAGGUCUACGACAGCCUCAUGGUUUUCUCCUACAUCGACUGCCUGCUGGACCCGCUGGUCUACUGCUUCUGUUACUCAGGCUUUAAAGACGCCUACAUGUCCACCUUCUGUCCCGCUGUGAUUCUGCGGAGAAUGCCAAAUAUUGACUUCGGCAUAAGAACUACAACAUCAACUGCUACUUCUGGAGGCAGAUCCACUCCCUUGCAGAUGAUGGUGGUGAAAUGA